UUCAACCCGAACUGUGAAUUGCGCCAACUUUUAGCGCCAUUUACAACCUGGAGGAAACAGUCCAAAAUGGACGAUUUCAACUUAUUUUGCAUUUCAAACGUGGACGAUCCACCAAAGGAGUUAAUGAAGAGAGACAAAGGGAUAUACACCCAAUACAUUCCUACGCCUCUUCCAGACCAGUUGAUCAUAUUUGGACUCGGAAUUUGGCCAAGUCAGGUUGGAGAACUAGAGGUGGAGAUUGCCCUGACUUACAAAGAUGAAAACCUUCGUCUGGGAAUGCUUACAGAACAAACAAGGGCCCUUUGUUGGGAGAAGAAUCGUGGAAAUAUCCCCAGCAUCAUGACCUCAGACGCAGAGCAAGGCAUGGCAAAGCUGUGUAUAGAGUUCAUCACCAGUGAUCCAACUCAGAGUGCCACAGAAGCGGACUUUACAAAAAUAUUAAAGGGGAAUUCGUCAGACAAAGAAAUCAAUGAAUCCACGCCAAAGGUAUCAAAAAGAGGAAAGAACAAAGAUGCAUCAAAGCCAGUUAAGCAGAAGCGCAGACAAAGCCUGGGUAAAGGGGAGAAAACUCCAACAGGGCCCACACCUAAACGAUCCAGAACAGGCAAAGCAAAAGCUCUUAACACUGAUACGACAACAGACAAAGAAAACAUUGGCACAGAGGGAGACAUGAAUAUUUCACCUAGCUCCAAUAAAUUCACUAAAAUGGUCGAGGGUGGGAAACCAAAAGUUGCCAUUUGUAAAGACCUGACUAGUAGAGCGCCCCAUCCCACCAGUCGCUGGGGACACACAAUGUGUUUGACAGACAGCAACACCGCUGUAGUUAUUGGGGGACAAGGUGAAAGACAACAGCUCAGCAAGGACUCAGUGUGGUGCUUAGAUACAGUUACUAGAAAGUGGACCUGUCCAGAAGUGUUCACCGAGUCCCAGAAACCCGAGUACAGAAUGGGACACACUGCCACCUAUGACCCCAAACUUCGCUGUAUAUAUGUGUAUGGUGGCUCCAAAAACCAGAGGUGGUUCCAUGAUGUCCACAUGCUUGAUCUAGAGGAAUGGAAGUGGACUUUACUAAAGGUAGCAGGAAAAGCGCCGACUAGAGCUUAUCACAGCGCCACACUGUACAGAAAUGAGCUGUGGAUUUUUGGAGGUGUCUAUCCUCGCCCUGACCCCCAGCCAGAUGGCUGUAGCAAUGAGAUACACAUCUUUUCCCCUGUGUCAGAGAACUGGUACCAGCCCAUUGUCAACGGAGAGAAGCCAUUGUGUAGAUCAGGGCACUCUGCUACAAUGUUAAAUGAUCAGCUUGUAAUAUUUGGAGGCUGGGAUGCUCCUAUCUGUUACAAUGAUCUUCACAUCUUAGACAUGAGCUUUGUUGAGUGGUCUAAACCCAAAGUUCUGGGCACUCCACCUCUUCCAAGAAGCUGGCAUGCUUCAUGUGCUCUAGCCAAUAACCGUAUCCUGAUCCAUGGCGGGUAUGAUGGAGAUCUUGCACUAGAGGAUACACAUAUCUUCAACUUGGGUACUUUGAGUUGGAUGAAGAUCCGUCUUGACCCCACACCUAUCCCCCGCUGUGGGCACCAGUCCCUGUCCCUACCGUACUACCACGAGAACCAGGAGCAGGAUGAGGUGCUGAUCUUUGGGGGUGGGGAUAAUGACGGAGCUUUCUUCCACGAUCUCAUUAGUGCUAGCGUACCUCUGAACCCAGUGCUGGAUGAAUCUGUAACCACUACAUCAAAACCACUGGAUAACAUAGCAAACCAAAUGGAAGCAGUCCAAUGAUCAGUAUAAAUCAAAAGUCCUACCUCAAUUUCUAUUGUAGGAAUAUGAAUUAAUUCACAAGUUUUAGAUUAUAGGGCUUAGAUAUAGAAAUGUCUCUAUGAGAUAUUGAUUUUGACUUUGAAAAAAGGAAAUGAUGCCCAUCCUUCAUUGUAAUGCUGUAUAUUCAUAAUCUAGGAAGUUCAUUAUUAUCAGAUAUUUUAUCUAUGGGAAUUAAUUUUUUUUGCAUGGAAUUAAUUGUUAGCAGUGUAUUUUCUGCACUUGUACAUUGUUUAGGGGGCAGGUAACUGCACAUACUGUAGGUGGGCUUUGAAGGAAUAUAAUCUGUAUAACAUUUGAUAGAUAUGUAAACAAUAAUUUAAUUACAAAAUAGAUAAAUUGGGAUACCAUAUAUAUUUAUUUGAAUUCUGCUUUAUAGUUACAUUCCUGAUGUGGUCACUAGCAUGUAAAUAUGAAGACUUUUCUACAAUAUUUGAUAUUCGGAUAUUCCUUUGUACUCACAUGUAGGCUUAUAUGUAUGUUUUAUUUAUUUGUAUGUAUGAAAUACAAUUUUGAUUUGUUAGUUGAUGAUUUAAUUAAGGAAUAGAAGCAAUCAAAUUAUUUUUUAUUAAUUCUUUUCUGUUAAGUAUCAAAAUUAAGUGCAAGUUCACUGCUACAUUGUGCAUUUUGCACAUUUUUAUAGUUGAUCAUUACUAUGCAGUCCUAAUAUGGCAGCUGUAGAUGUCUUAUACAUGUACUAACCUAACUGUAUUAUGUGUGGUAAAAGAAAUAUAGAAUGGAUGUAUGCAGGGCUCUGAGGAGCAUCUCAUUUUAUGAAAUAAAAUACUGAACAUGA